UGAGUAAGUGAGAGCCGUAGAGAGUAGAGACAGAGUGGUAUGGAGAUGAAGAGGUGUCUCUCGUGAAGCAAACAAGAAAUCCAGAGAGGACAUCUAUUCUUCUUUGAUUCUUCACGAGAUCUUUAUCUAUUCUCUCUCUGCAUAUCUUCAUCUAAAAUUCUCCGGUUCUACUUUCAUUUCUUGCAGUUUUGGCUUAAGCUCAUUUUUGAUACAAGGUGAGAAAGAAAGGAAGGUUGAAGAGACAAAAAAAAUUAACAUCGGAAAAAUGUUACGUACUGAAACGUCCGCAGAGGAUGAAACAACGUACGAUUCUUUAGCCCUUCGAUUCCGCAGCUCACUGAGUUGCAAGCUGGAGGAGGACGACAACAAUGUAUAUGAAAAGAACAGACCGGACUAUAGAGAACUCGAUCUGGGUGGUUCACCGGUAUCUACAUUAAAGACUCGUGCUUCGGUCAACAAUGGCGUUACCAGCUCCGGCAGCAGCUCGGGCUCGUCCGUUUCAGUCUCAGGAAAAUCCAGCAAUAACACCCAAUUGCCCAAACGACCCGACGAUGGCGCAAUAACCCAUUUUGGGGAGCUCUCGGGCAUGUCUGAAACCAGUCCAGCAGCACCCGAAGCUUCCCGAUCCGGCGCGAAUACCCGCAAUUUGAAACCGGGUCAUCGGAGAUCCGUCUCUGCGGGAGCCCCGUUGAUCUAUUCGGGUUCAAGCUUCGGUGUCGUUAGCGGCAGCCAUUGUAGUGGCGCCACUUCGGCUCACGCAAAUUCGGGCGCUAAUUUACUGCCUAGUGGCAACAUUUGCCCAUCUGGCAAGAUCCUGAAGACUGGCUUGGCGAGUCGGCUCCAAAGCAGGACGGACACGUUGGGUACGGGCACAGGGAACUACGGACAUGGCAGCAUAAUACGUGGCGGCGGCGGCAGAGCUAAAUUGGGGAGUGGAGGAAAUUUAGGAGGCGAUGCAGAGGAGUUGAAGAGAGCAGGGAACGAGAUGUACAAAAAGGGAGACUUUGUAGAAGCAUUGGCCUUGUAUGAUAAGACAAUAUUGCUCUUCCCAGAGAACGCGACAUACAGGAGCAAUAGGGCGGCGGCAUUAACGGCUCUUGGGAGGUUGGGUGAGGCCGUGAGGGAGUGUGAGGAGGCGGUAAAGUUGGACCCUUCUUAUGGCAGGGCACACCAGAGAUUGGGCUCUCUUUAUCUCAGGUUGGGUUGGGUAGAAGAUGCACGACGCCAUUUCUGUUUUCAUGGGCAACAGCCAGAUACAGAAGAGCUGCAUAAGUUACAGUCUUUGGAGAAACAUCUGAAACGAUGUGCUGAUGCGAGGAAGAUUGGGGAUUGGAAGAGUGACAUGAGGGAAGGUGAUGCAGCCAUUACAAUUGGUGCGGAUUAUUCUCCUCAGAUUGUUGCUUGCAAAGCUGAAGCCUUUUUGAAGCUUCAUCAAAUUGAAGAGGCAGAGUCCACUUUAUCAAACAUUCCAAAACUUGAACCCUAUCCUCCGGCACAGACCAAGUUCUUUGGCAUGGUUCCCGAAGCUUAUGUGCUAUAUGUCCGAGCCCAGGUUGAGAUGGCACUUGGAAGAUUUGAGAAUGCAGUUUCAGCGGCUGAGAAGGCCUGGCAAAUCGAUUACAGCAAUAUAGAAAUCGCAAAGGUGUUGAACAAUGUUAAAAUGGUGGCGAUAGCCCGUACCAGUGGCAAUGAUCUGUUCAAUGCUGGAAGAUAUGCUGAAGCAUGCUCAGCAUAUGGGGAAGGCCUCAAAUAUGAUAUUUUUAACUCUGUGCUUUAUUGCAAUAGAGCUGUUUGUUGGUCUAAGCUCGGAAUGUGGGAGAAAUCAAUAGAGGAUUGUGAUCAAGCCCUUAGAAUCCAUCACAACUACACCAAGGCACUUCUUCGGAGGGCAGUCUCAAACGAAAAGCUUGAACAUUGGGCAGAAGCUGUGAGAGAUUACGAGGUCUUGAGGAAGGAGCUUCCUGGAGACAACGAGGUCACUGGAUCAUUACGACGUGCACAAAUUGCAUCGAAGAAAACUUGUGGAGUGGAUGUGAAUAACAUGAAAGUUUGUGGUGAAGUAGAGGAAAUUCGUACCAUAGAUAAGUUUAAAGCUGCAAUAUCGUCAUCUGGUGUUUCAAUAGUUCAGUUUAAAGUGGCAUCAAAUGAACAAUGCCAAGAUAUAUCUCCAUUCUUAAAUAUACUAUCUAUUCGGUAUCCAUCUGUUAGUUUCUUUAAGGUUGAUGUGGAUGAAAUCUCAGCAUUAGUAAAAGUGGAGAGCAUACGAGAUGUUCCAGCAUUUAAGAUUUACAGGAAUGGAAACAAGGUGAAGGAGAUGAUUUGCCCUAGUCAUCAGUUCUUGGAAGAUUCAGUCAGGAGUUAUUGCCUAUAAAUGCACAUUCUAUCCCACCCCAAAUCCACGGAGUUGACAGUACCUGAGUGUUCACCUUCAGUCGUCAGGUCGUCGCAAGAUUAUAAGUUUUACCUAUUACAUAAUCCACUACACAAAUAGUUUUUAGACUUUCAAAGCAGAGAAGCAAUGGCAGAGGUAGAUUUUUCUUUUUCAAUUCAUAUUCUUCAAAUUAUCACUCCAUCUUUGGAUUUGUUUCAAAUAAGUUGCCAUUCCAUUCCUUUUUAUCAUUUAGAAGAAAAACUUUAUAUGCAA